AUGCAGUCGCACACGCAAGGGGGGAGGGAAGAGGGGGUCAUGCAAGGAGGGCAGGACAGGAGGGGCGGGGAGGCGUGGCAGGCGGAGGUGGAGGAGGCGGUGCUGGCUGUGGUGUGUGACGGCAUGGGCUUCAACAGACACGACGGGCUUCACAAGCUGCCGCUCUUCAUGCAGCUGAAGCGGAGCGAUCUGAAGCAGAUGGUGGAGGAACGGGGGGUGGAGGGCACCGUGGGGGCAGCAGCGGAGGAAUUCGUGGAGUGGAUGCUCAGUGGGGGGCAGGAGCAGGUGAGGGGAGCACGAGCAGGUGAGGGGGGGUCGACCAUGCGCCCGUGCCCACUCACCUAUACCCUCAUCCCCAUUCGGCAUGGCCACUCACCUAUCCCCUCAACCCCAUGCGCCCAUGGGCGUGGUGCAUGGGCGUGGUGCAUGGGCGUGGUGCAUGGGCGUGGUGCAUGGGCGUGGUGCAUGGGCGUGGUGUCGUGUCGUGUCCGGCAGGUGGCAGCAGACGAGGCGAUGCAGAAGGAGCUGGACCCCGACCUGCAGGCGCGCAUCGCCCGCCACAUUGAGCGCCGCCGACAGAAGCAGGCGCGCAGGGCAGCAGGGGAGGGGGGGGAGAAGAAGAGGAAGGGGAGGAAAAGUGGGGAGGGGGAGAAGCGAGGGGAGCAGGGUGAGGAGAUGAGGAAGAUGAGCAGGGGGAAUGAGGAGGUGCGGGAGGAGGUGCGGAUGGGGGAAGGCGAAGGAAUGUGUGGCAUGCGGAGAGGAGUGGAAGAGGAGGGCAUGCGAGGGGAUGCGGAGCGAGCAGUGGCCGGCGAGCAGACAGGAUGCCUGGACUAUGUUGUUGGAAGGAUGCCUGGACUAUGUUGUUGGAAGGAUGCCUGGACUAUGUUGUUGGAAGGAUGCCUGGACUAUGUUGUUGGAAGGAUGCCUGGACUAUGUUGUUGGAAGGAUGCCUGGACUAUGUUGUUGGAAGGAUGCCUGGACUAUGUUGUUGGAAGGAUGCCUGGACUAUGUUGUUGGAAGGAUGCCUGGACUAUGUUGUUGGAAGGAUGCCUGGACUAUGUUGUUGGAAGGAUGCCUGGACUAUGUUGUUGGAAGGAUGCCUGGACUAUGUUGUUGGAAGGAUGCCUGGACUAUGUUGUUGGAAGGAUGCCUGGACUAUGUUGUUGGAAGGAUGCCUGGACUAUGUUGUUGGAAGGAUGCCUGGACUAUGUUGUUGGAAGGAUGCCUGGACUAUGUUGUUGGAAGGAUGCCUGGACUAUGUUGUUGGAAGGAUGCCUGGACUAUGUUGUUGGAAGGAUGCCUGGACUAUGUUGUUGGAAGGAUGCCUGGACUAUGUUGUUGGAAGGAUGCCUGGACUAUGUUGUUGGAAGGAUGCCUGGACUAUGUUGUUGGAAGGAUGCCUGGACUAUGUUGUUGGAAGGAUGCCUGGACUAUGUUGUUGGAAGGAUGCCUGGACUAUGUUGUUGGAAGGAUGCCUGGACUAUGUUGUUGGAAGGAUGCCUGGACUAUGUUGUUGGAAGGAUGCCUGGACUAUGUUGUUGGAAGGAUGCCUGGACUAUGUUGUUGGAAGGAUGCCUGGACUAUGUUGUUGGAAGGAUGCCUGGACUAUGUUGUUGGAAGGAUGCCUGGACUAUGUUGUUGGAAGGAUGCCUGGACUAUGUUGUUGGAAGGAUGCCUGGACUAUGUUGUUGGAAGGAUGCCUGGACUAUGUUGUUGGAAGGAUGCCUGGACUAUGUUGUUGGAAGGAUGCCUGGACUAUGUUGUUGGAAGGAUGCCUGGACUAUGUUGUUGGAAGGAUGCCUGGACUAUGUUGUUGGAAGGAUGCCUGGACUAUGUUGUUGGAAGGAUGCCUGGACUAUGUUGUUGGAAGGAUGCCUGGACUAUGUUGUUGGAAGGAUGCCUGGACUAUGUUGUUGGAAGGAUGCCUGGACUAUGUUGUUGGAAGGAUGCCUGGACUAUGUUGUUGGAAGGAUGCCUGGACUAUGUUGUUGGAAGGAUGCCUGGACUAUGUUGUUGGAAGGAUGCCUGGACUAUGUUGUUGGAAGGAUGCCUGGACUAUGUUGUUGGAAGGAUGCCUGGACUAUGUUGUUGGAAGGAUGCCUGGACUAUGUUGUUGGAAGGAUGCCUGGACUAUGUUGUUGGAAGGAUGCCUGGACUAUGUUGUUGGAAGGAUGCCUGGACUAUGUUGUUGGAAGGAUGCCUGGACUAUGUUGUUGGAAGGAUGCCUGGACUAUGUUGUUGGAAGGAUGCCUGGACUAUGUUGUUGGAAGGAUGCCUGGACUAUGUUGUUGGAAGGAUGCCUGGACUAUGUUGUUGGAAGGAUGCCUGGACUAUGUUGUUGGAAGGAUGCCUGGACUAUGUUGUUGGAAGGAUGCCUGGACUAUGUUGUUGGAAGGAUGCCUGGACUAUGUUGUUGGAAGGAUGCCUGGACUAUGUUGUUGGAAGGAUGCCUGGACUAUGUUGUUGGAAGGAUGCCUGGACUAUGUUGUUGGAAGGAUGCCUGGACUAUGUUGUUGGAAGGAUGCCUGGACUAUGUUGUUGGAAGGAUGCCUGGACUAUGUUGUUGGAAGGAUGCCUGGACUAUGUUGUUGGAAGGAUGCCUGGACUAUGUUGUUGGAAGGAUGCCUGGACUAUGUUGUUGGAAGGAUGCCUGGACUAUGUUGUUGGAAGGAUGCCUGGACUAUGUUGUUGGAAGGAUGCCUGGACUAUGUUGUUGGAAGGAUGCCUGGACUAUGUUGUUGGAAGGAUGCCUGGACUAUGUUGUUGGAAGGAUGCCUGGACUAUGUUGUUGGAAGGAUGCCUGGACUAUGUUGUUGGAAGGAUGCCUGGACUAUGUUGUUGGAAGGAUGCCUGGACUAUGUUGUUGGAAGGAUGCCUGGACUAUGUUGUUGGAAGGAUGCCUGGACUAUGUUGUUGGAAGGAUGCCUGGACUAUGUUGUUGGAAGGAUGCCUGGACUAUGUUGUUGGAAGGAUGCCUGGACUAUGUUGUUGGAAGGAUGCCUGGACUAUGUUGUUGGAAGGAUGCCUGGACUAUGUUGUUGGAAGGAUGCCUGGACUAUGUUGUUGGAAGGAUGCCUGGACUAUGUUGUUGGAAGGAUGCCUGGACUAUGUUGUUGGAAGGAUGCCUGGACUAUGUUGUUGGAAGGAUGCCUGGACUAUGUUGUUGGAAGGAUGCCUGGACUAUGUUGUUGGAAGGAUGCCUGGACUAUGUUGUUGGAAGGAUGCCUGGACUAUGUUGUUGGAAGGAUGCCUGGACUAUGUUGUUGGAAGGAUGCCUGGACUAUGUUGUUGGAAGGAUGCCUGGACUAUGUUGUUGGAAGGAUGCCUGGACUAUGUUGUUGGAAGGAUGCCUGGACUAUGUUGUUGGAAGGAUGCCUGGACUAUGUUGUUGGAAGGAUGCCUGGACUAUGUUGUUGGAAGGAUGCCUGGACUAUGUUGUUGGAAGGAUGCCUGGACUAUGUUGUUGGAAGGAUGCCUGGACUAUGUUGUUGGAAGGAUGCCUGGACUAUGUUGUUGGAAGGAUGCCUGGACUAUGUUGUUGGAAGGAUGCCUGGACUAUGUUGUUGGAAGGAUGCCUGGACUAUGUUGUUGGAAGGAUGCCUGGACUAUGUUGUUGGAAGGAUGCCUGGACUAUGUUGUUGGAAGGAUGCCUGGACUAUGUUGUUGGAAGGAUGCCUGGACUAUGUUGUUGGAAGGAUGCCUGGACUAUGUUGUUGGAAGGAUGCCUGGACUAUGUUGUUGGAAGGAUGCCUGGACUAUGUUGUUGGAAGGAUGCCUGGACUAUGUUGUUGGAAGGAUGCCUGGACUAUGUUGUUGGAAGGAUGCCUGGACUAUGUUGUUGGAAGGAUGCCUGGACUAUGUUGUUGGAAGGAUGCCUGGACUAUGUUGUUGGAAGGAUGCCUGGACUAUGUUGUUGGAAGGAUGCCUGGACUAUGUUGUUGGAAGGAUGCCUGGACUAUGUUGUUGGAAGGAUGCCUGGACUAUGUUGUUGGAAGGAUGCCUGGACUAUGUUGUUGGAAGGAUGCCUGGACUAUGUUGUUGGAAGGAUGCCUGGACUAUGUUGUUGGAAGGAUGCCUGGACUAUGUUGUUGGAAGGAUGCCUGGACUAUGUUGUUGGAAGGAUGCCUGGACUAUGUUGUUGGAAGGAUGCCUGGACUAUGUUGUUGGAAGGAUGCCUGGACUAUGUUGUUGGAAGGAUGCCUGGACUAUGUUGUUGGAAGGAUGCCUGGACUAUGUUGUUGGAAGGAUGCCUGGACUAUGUUGUUGGAAGGAUGCCUGGACUAUGUUGUUGGAAGGAUGCCUGGACUAUGUUGUUGGAAGGAUGCCUGGACUAUGUUGUUGGAAGGAUGCCUGGACUAUGUUGUUGGAAGGAUGCCUGGACUAUGUUGUUGGAAGGAUGCCUGGACUAUGUUGUUGGAAGGAUGCCUGGACUAUGUUGUUGGAAGGAUGCCUGGACUAUGUUGUUGGAAGGAUGCCUGGACUAUGUUGUUGGAAGGAUGCCUGGACUAUGUUGUUGGAAGGAUGCCUGGACUAUGUUGUUGGAAGGAUGCCUGGACUAUGUUGUUGGAAGGAUGCCUGGACUAUGUUGUUGGAAGGAUGCCUGGACUAUGUUGUUGGAAGGAUGCCUGGACUAUGUUGUUGGAAGGAUGCCUGGACUAUGUUGUUGGAAGGAUGCCUGGACUAUGUUGUUGGAAGGAUGCCUGGACUAUGUUGUUGGAAGGAUGCCUGGACUAUGUUGUUGGAAGGAUGCCUGGACUAUGUUGUUGGAAGGAUGCCUGGACUAUGUUGUUGGAAGGAUGCCUGGACUAUGUUGUUGGAAGGAUGCCUGGACUAUGUUGUUGGAAGGAUGCCUGGACUAUGUUGUUGGAAGGAUGCCUGGACUAUGUUGUUGGAAGGAUGCCUGGACUAUGUUGUUGGAAGGAUGCCUGGACUAUGUUGUUGGAAGGAUGCCUGGACUAUGUUGUUGGAAGGAUGCCUGGACUAUGUUGUUGGAAGGAUGCCUGGACUAUGUUGUUGGAAGGAUGCCUGGACUAUGUUGUUGGAAGGAUGCCUGGACUAUGUUGUUGGAAGGAUGCCUGGACUAUGUUGUUGGAAGGAUGCCUGGACUAUGUUGUUGGAAGGAUGCCUGGACUAUGUUGUUGGAAGGAUGCCUGGACUAUGUUGUUGGAAGGAUGCCUGGACUAUGUUGUUGGAAGGAUGCCUGGACUAUGUUGUUGGAAGGAUGCCUGGACUAUGUUGUUGGAAGGUGCUGCCCAUCCACCUGCUGCCGCCCAUCCUCCCGCUGCCUCCCAUCCCCCCGCGGCUGCCCACCCCCCCGCGGCUGCCCACCCCCCCGCUUCCGCCCAAUCCUCCGCUGCCGCCUAUCCCCCGGCUGCCGCCCAUCCCCCCGCUGCCGCGCAUCCCCCCGCUGCCGCCCAUCCCUCCUUCGCUGCCGAUCCCCUGGCUGGUGCCCAACCCCCUACUGCUCACAUCACCCACGCAAGUAUCAUCGCUCCCCAUCCCGCUUGCCAGCAACCUUUAGUCUCCCCCCACCUUCCCCUCACCUCCCCUCACCUUCCCCCCACCUCCUCUCACCUUCCGCCCACCUCCUCUCACCUUCCGCCCACCUCCUCUCACCUUCCCGUCACCUUCCCCCAGCAUCCCCUCGCCUCCUGUCAACCUCCCGUCGCCUCCCCCCAGCUGCUCGCUCCAGCCUAUCAGCUCCCCUGCCCAGCACCCACCAAACCCCUCUCGCCCACCCGAGAGGGAGAGGAGGGAGGGGGAGGAGGAAGAGGAGGAGGAGAGGGAUUGGUGAGCGAGAGGGAGAUGGAGCGCAGGGUGAGCGAGAGGGAGAUGGCCCGGCUGCGCAGCCGCGGGGGGUUAGGGAGGGUGGGGGCUGAGAGUGGUGUGGCAGGGAGGGAUGUGGGGCAGAGGGGCAGGGGGCACGGGGAGGGGCAGAGUGGUAGAGGAGGAGAGGGUGAGCGGCGGGGAGAGAGGGCAGGGGGUGACGAGGGGCGCAGGCAAGGGGCGUGCAGUGGCCCCCCCCAUGCUGCCUCGCCGUCGCCAUGGCCCCCGGCAGGCAGAGAGCCCCUUGCUGCGCCCAGCGUGAUGCGCGCGGCUGCUAGUGUGGCAGAUUGGCGAGACUUGGGAGGAGGGGGUGCAGCGAGAGGCUUGGGGGGAGGGGCACGGGGAGAGGGGAGGGGCAGGAGGUGGUUGGGAGAGGGGGAGGCAGCCAGGGAUUUGGCAGAGCCGGUGGGAAGGGCAGGAAGCACUGUGAUUGGCCAGAAAGGGCUGGCAAGUGGACUGCUGCUGCGCGCUAGUGAGGGAAGUGGCAGGGGGCAGGGGGGGGCGGAGGGGCAUGGGCAUGGGCGAGGACGGGGGAGCGUGUACGGGAACAGGCGUGAGUGUGCUGGUGGCGUUGGACAUGGGGAUGUGCAAAACAGGAAGGAGGCCGAGAAGGGCGAUUGCAGCGAGGAGCAGCUCAUAAGAGGGCAGGCAGAUGUGGGUGCGUGUAGUGUGGGGGCCACCGCGGGUGUGGGGGAAGUAGCGGAGGGCAGUGCGAGAGAGGCGGAUGCUGCCCACACUGGCACUGCUGGCACUGCUGGCACCCCCCCCUGCGUGCGCGACGACGCUCAGUCCCCCGCCGCUAACUGCGGUGGGGAUGGCAGUGCCGCACCGGCUGCAGCAGCAAGCUUGCUUGGGGGAGCAAGCGAGGGGUCAGGCGGAAGAAGAAGAGGUCACUUGGGGGGCACAAGGGGACGUGGGGUUGGAGGGAGGGCGAGGGGCAGGGCGAGGGGGGGGCGCAGGGUGGUUCCCCCGCGAGAGGACAUCUCGCGGGGCAAGGAGGCGGUGGCCAUCCCGUGGGUGAACGAGCACAGCCACGAGCAGCCGCCCGCCUCGUGGAUGUACAUGAGGAAGAGCUGGCCGGCCAGCGACAAAGUGAAGUUUGUCAUCGCAUUGGAUCGCAUCGACACGUUCUGUGAGGACUGCCAAGAGGACUGCAUGGGCGACAUCCGGUGUGAAUGCAUGGAGCCACUGCGGGGCAACUGGGCAUACACGAGGGAUGGCACUCUCACGGACGUCUUCUUGAGGAAGGUGGAGAUGGAGGUGGAGCAGGGCGAGGAGGCGGAGAGGCGGGGCAACAAGCAGUUCUGUGCUCAUGAGCGCUUGCUGUUGUGCCCCGUGAAUGCAGCGCAGCUGAAGCAGGCAAUGGAUGCGAUGCCAUCGGAUGUGCCUGCGCCAGUGAGGCUGAGUAAAUUUCUUGCGACGGCCCUUGAGGCGUGUGUGGCGUGCCCCGGACAUCCCGUGCGCACGUUCAUCAAGGAGUGCUUUGUAAAAUGCGGAUGCAGCGAGAUGUGUGGCAACCGGGUGGUGCAACGUGGCAUCACAAGGCGCUUUGAGGUGUUCAUGACGGCGGGCAAGGGGUGGGGGGUGCGCACGCUGGAGCGGCUGCCGCGGGGGGCGUUUGUGUUUGAGUAUGCGGGCGAGGUGGUCACCAACACGGAGAUGGACGAGCGCAACCAGCAGCAGGCGAGGAACCAGCGCGGCACCUUCCCUAUCUACCUGGAUGCGGACUGGGCGGCGGAGGGGGGGCUGACUGACGAUGAGGCCUUGUGCCUGGACGCCACACGGCUCGGCAACGUGGCGCGAUUCGUCAACCACAGGUACUUCAUGGGGCUGCGCGUCAACCACAGGUGUGGAGAUGCCAACCUCGUGAACGUGCCAGUGGAGAUAGAGCACAAGGACCACAACAUCUACCAUGUGAGUGGGGCCAUCAACAUCUACCAUGUGAGUGGGGCCAUCAACAUCUACCAUGUGAGUGGGGCCAUCAACAUCUACCAUGUGAGUGGGGCCAUCAACAUCUACCAUGUGAGUGGGGCCAUCAACAUCUACCAUGUGAGUGGGGCCAUCAACAUCUACCAUGUGAGUGGGGCCAUCAACAUCUACCAUGUGAGUGGGGCCAUCAACAUCUACCAUGUGAGUGGGGCCAUCAACAUCUACCAUGUGAGUGGGGCCAUCAACAUCUACCAUGUGAGUGGGGCCAUCAACAUCUACCAUGUGAGUGGGGCCAUCAACAUCUACCAUGUGAGUGGGGCCAUCAACAUCUACCAUGUGAGUGGGGCCAUCAACAUCUACCAUGUGAGUGGGGCCAUCAACAUCUACCAUGUGAGUGGGGCCAUCAACAUCUACCAUGUGAGUGGGGCCAUCAACAUCUACCAUGUGAGUGGGGCCAUCAACAUCUACCAUGUGAGUGGGGCCAUCAACAUCUACCAUGUGAGUGGGGCCAUCAACAUCUACCAUGUGAGUGGGGCCAUCAACAUCUACCAUGUGAGUGGGGCCAUCAACAUCUACCAUGUGAGUGGGGCCAUCAACAUCAUUGGGGCCAUCAACAUCUACCAUGUGAGUGGGGCCAUCAACAUCUACCAUGUGAGUGGGGCCAUCAACAUCUACCAUGUGAGUGGGGCCAUCAACAUCUACCAUGUGAGUGGGGCCAUCAACAUCUACCAUGUGAAUGGGGCCAUCAACAUCUACCAUGUCGAGCCUGUUCCACUCCAACUCGAACAGGUUCGUAUUGUUGGGCCCCAUUCACCAUAG